GGGAGGGAGCACACCUGGAGCACGCCGGCAGCGGAGCGCGUCUUCCCGGCUGCGAACCCAGCUCGCGUCCCGCGAGGCGCGGAAAGGAGGGCAGGUUCAGAGGCAAACCAGGAACCGGGGUGGAAGAGCUGGGCUACUCGGGGUACAGAAAGUAGGAAACAUCAGUGAAAUGUUAGCGUGAGUGCAGUGGUGGAGGCAUCUGCAAAGGGAGGCAUGGCCCCGCUUCUCUGGUGGGGGAGGGUUGUGAGAGAGAGGGAACGAGCCCGUCUGUACGGUCCUGGGGAGUUGGACUUUGGAGGUGAAUAGAGGAGGUAGAUUUGAGAGAACAGAGGAAAGGAGAGGUGUCGCCUUUGAGCGUCAAGUUCAUUUAUUCUAGCCUCUCAAAAGUAGCAGCUUGCAAAAACACAGCCAGAUCGUGUCCGUACCCAUGCCAUGCUGGAUUCACAAGACUCCUGGGGACUAUAAAGUGAAAAUGGAGCAACAAGAACCAGCAGAUUCUCAAAAUACCAAGCAGUCUAUUAUUUCAGAGGAGUUAAUUUCAGAAGGAAAAUGGGUCAAGCUUGAAAGAACAACUUACAGAGAUCCUACUGGUAAAACAAGUGUGUUGGGGAUGGGACCUUCAGUGCUUUUCCCAGCACUGUCUUCUUCAGUCUUUAGGACUCUAACCCUAGGAGGCAGCAGAGAGAACUGGGCCAGAAGAACUUGGGAAACUGUGAAACGGACAACGAGGAAAGGCCAGUCGGCUGAUGGUGUGGCGGUCAUCCCCGUGCUGCAAAGAACCCUUCACUAUGAAUGCAUCAUUCUGGUGAAGCAGUUCCGACCCCCGAUGGGGGGCUACUGCCUAGAAUUCCCUGCCGGUCUCAUCGAUGACAACGAAAGCCCAGAAGCAGCUGCUCUUCGGGAGCUCGAGGAAGAAACUGGCUACAAGGGCGACGUUGCUGAAUGUUCCCCAGCUGUCUGUAUGGAUCCAGGUUUGUCAAACUGUACCACACAUAUUGUAACCGUAACUAUCAAUGGAGACGAUGCUGAAAACGUAAGGCCUAAGCCAAAGCCAGGAGAUGGAGGUACGUGUCCUGCUCGGGGGCUGGCCUUGAGUGCCGUGUGGUGCAGCGGGAGCGGCCAUGGUAUUGUGAGUUGCUCAGUUGGGCUCGCCUGGUGUCCGGCUUUAUUUUCACUUGCACUUUGUUUGUUUAGAAUUUGUGGAAGUGAUUUCCUUACCAAAGAAUGACCUGCUGAAGAGAAUUGAUGCAGACUGUUGGAAGACAUUUUAAACAGCAGUUAAACUCAACGACAUGUUUUAUCAACAAUGCAUAUAACCAAGUGAUAUAAGGACGAUAUAAACAGCUUUGACCAAGUUGACGUACACAUGCAGGCAAUGCCUACCAUCACGACCGCCACCUGGCUGACCGCACGUGUGACUGCAUCAACUCUAAGAAAACAUCCUGAUUUCAGAGACAUCAAAAUGUGAAAAAUGUGCAUCUUAGAAUCAGUGAAAUACAGUUGAUUGAUCCAUAAUUAUUAGACAUCUACGGGGCUAUUACAAUACAUUUUAAUUUUUAACAUCAAAACAACUUAUACAUGUCACUUCAAUAAAGUAAGAAAAUGAGUAUAUCAAUCACCUAAAGAAUUGUUUCAGAAGAAAAGAAGGAACAAACUUUUUUGUUAUCCAUAUGAAAAAUUGUAUUUCUUACCUGAAUGAUGAUAAGGAGACAGAUUCCAGCACCCAUUUCAGCGGGAUCCCCAUACAUGCCCGUCAUGACAUACACAAUGGCUUGCCCAAUGGUAAUGAUCAUACCAAAUACUGACAAAAAUUGGGGGAAAAGGAGUACAUGCUUAUAACCAAAGACAAAAAAGACUAGAAAAACAUCUUUGCCACAAAAUUCUCAAAUUUGGAAAAGGCUCUUGUACUGAUGCUCACGUUUCUGGGCUCCAUUGAAUAGGGCUCUAUCUUUGGGUGUAUCUCCAACUUCAAUGAUUUUGGCUCCAGCUAACAACUGCAUAAUCAAACCAGAUGUUACAAUUGGGGAGAUACCCAAUUCCAUUAACGUUCCUGUAAAGGAAGGGGAAAAAAGUAAAUAAUCUUUACGAUAUCCAAUGCAGAUUAAUUUAGAAGAGUCCCAGUCCUUAAUUAUGUCUAUGAAAUACAUGUUAAAUGUUAACAAGCAAAUUUUCAUUUCCUAAACAUUAACUGCUAAAAAAAAACGCUCUCAUUUAUUAACACAACCUCACAACAAUGCAUUGAAUCAAAAUUACUAUAAAUACUACAAAAACGUAAAUUUCUGUGAAUUCUAAACUUAAAUUGUUAAAGAAAUCCUUUGAAAGAAAUUGUCCAAGAUUUCUGUCCAAAUCACUAUUUUUAAAAUUUACACUAAACAUUUUAACGCAGGAUUUUAAAAGCCCAAAAAUUAAAUAACAAGUUAAUAAAAAGAUGGUAUUUAAGAAUAUCUGUGGGGCUUCCCUGGUGGCGCAGUGGUUGAGAGUCUGCCUGCUGAUGAAGGGGACACGAGUUCGUGCCCCGGUCCGGGAAGAUCCCACAUGCUGCGGAGCAACUGGGCCCGUGAGCCAUGGCCGCUGAGCCUGCGCGUCUGGAGCCUGUGCUCCGCAAUGGGAGAGGCCACAGCAGUGAGAGGCCCGCGUACCAUACACACACACACAAAAAUGAAUAGCUGUGACUCUCCUAAUUCAAAAUAUAAAAUUAUAGAAAGUCAUCAAAAUCAAUGUUGUAGAAUGCUGAGUGGCAUGAAAAAUGUUAAUGACAUAGUGGAUAGGAAAAAUAUUCAAAAAUAGCAUGUACAGUUUGAUUUCAUUUAAAUAUUUAAGUGGAAAAUCAUUUCCUGUUAUUUUAGUCUGGUUAUCAACAUGUUUCUAUUGUUAAUGAACUUAUCUACGAAGCAGACUCACAGACAUAGAGAACAGACUUGUGGUUGCCAAGGGGGAGGGGGUUGGGAGAGGGACGGAUUGGGAGUUUGGGAUUAGCAGAUGCAUACUAUUAUAUAGAGAAUGGAUAAAGAACAAGGUCCUACUGUAUAGCACAGGGAACUAUAUUCAAUAUCCUGUGAUAAACCAUAAUGUAAACGAAUAUGAAAAAGAAUGUAUAUAUGUAUAACUGAAUCACUUUGCUGUACAGCGGAAAUUAUCACAACACUCUAAAUCAACUAUACUUGAAUAAAAUAAAUUUUAAAAAAAUAUGGCAUCUUAAA